AUGCGCAAUACACUCAUCUUCGCUGGCAACUCGUGCCCGGCUCUCACGGGUCAAAUCUGUGGGAAUCUGGGCAUGCAGCCCGCCGAGGCCGAUCUGACACAAUUCUCCAAUGGCGAGACAAGCGUCAGGGUCUUGAACAGCGUCCGCGAAAAGGAUGUCUUCAUCGUUCAGUCGGGGAGCUCAAGCAUCAAUGACUCCAUAAUGGAGCUUCUUAUCCUCAUCAAUGCUUGUAAAGGUGGUUCCGCUAACAAGGUUACCGCCGUUCUCCCCUACUUCCCCUACAACAGGCAGUCCAAGAAGAAGUCCCACCGUGGUGCCAUUGCCGCCCGUCUACUUGCCAACCUACUCAUGGUUGCUGGCGUUAAGCAUGUCAUUACCGUCGACCUUCACGCUUCGCAAAUGCAAGGGUUCUUCAGGUGUCCCGUCGACAACCUCCACGCUGAGCCCAUAAUUGCUAAGUGGAUUCGACGCAACGUCCCUGGCUGGCGUGAGGCUGUUGUUGUCUCCAAGAACGCCGGAGGUACCAAGAGGGUCACCUCUCUCGCCGAUGCUCUCAAGCUCAACUUUGGCAUGACGUCUACGGCCGGUAACAGCGUCAACGGCGAAGACCCCAUGGCCAUGUCUCACCACUCGACCAUGUUCUUGCAGUCUCUCGGUGGCUCAGGCGAUGCUGAGGCUAACGUCUCAGACGAUGAGGAGCAUGCUUUUGAGAACCCUAAGGUGGAGCACAUGAUCACUCUGGUCGGCGAUGUCAAAAACAGAAUCGUCUUUAUUGUUGAUGACAUGAUCGACAAGGCUGGCUCGUGGAUUGCUGCCGCCGAGACCGUCGUCAAGAGGGGAGGUGCAAAGAAGGUGUACUGCAUCGCUACGCACGGCGUCUUUGGAGGCGACUCGCUCGCCCAGCUCGAGGCCUGCGAUUGCAUCGACACCAUUGUCGUUACCAACAGCUUCCCCAUCUCCGAGGAGAGCGCGAGGGGAAUCAACAAGCUGGUCGUCCUGGACCUGUCCUUCAUGUUGUCAGAGGCCAUCCGCCGCAACCACUUUGGCGAGUCUCUCUCGCCUCUCUUCCAACAUUAUGGGGACUAA